UUACUGUUGGGUUUGAGAAGGGGGCUCCUUCCUCCCUGACGGGCCAUCAGAGGAUAAUGUGGUGUGAUUGUGUGUGUGUGUUUGCAGGUCUAUUCGUCACCUACAAGAGGCUUCCAGCACUGAUGGGAAAGCUGCCAUGAACCUGGAGAAACUCAAACUAUUCAGACAUUACUACGUCAUGAUAGUGUGUUAUAUCUACUUCACGAGGAUCAUCGCCAUCCUGCUGAAGGUGACGGUGCCUUUCCAGUGGCAGUGGUGUUACGAGUUCCUAGUGGAGGUGUCGACUCUGAUCUUCUUUGUGUUGACGGGGUAUAAGUUCCGCCCGGCGUCCAACAACCCCUACCUCCAGCUGCCCCUGGACGAGGAGGACGUGGAGAUGGAUGAAGUGGUGACGGAGUCAGGUAUGUUGGAGGGCAUCUCUAAAGUCAAGAAGACAUCUAAUGGUCGCGAGCGCCAGAAAGAGUCUACCUUGUGAGAGUGUUUGUGAAGGGGGGGGGGUUGUUCUAAACACCCAUAACCCCUCAGCGUUGGAGAGAAACGGGGACUGAAAUGGACCAAGACACACCCUUUACCCCUCCCCCAAAACACUCCUCCUCCAUCUGAAACUGGCUGGCUGUUACUAAAGCAACCACCGCCUCGCUAUGCAACAAGACAAACGAUGACAGACUUUAGUUGUCGUUGGACCUUCUCUCUCUCCUUUAUCUGGAGACUUUCUGGAGGCUCUGCACCCCUGCCUGGUGUCAUAAUGGUUCAUUCCAGGGAGAGAACUCUUCCACCCCCCCCCCCCCCUCGUCGAUGGACGAAUAGAAUGGACUGGUCUGGGGUAGAAUGGACCUCUAAUGACCUCCCUCCCUCCCUCUCCCUCUCUCUCUCUCUCUUUUCUUCUCUCUGGAGAACGGAGGAAGCGACACUCCAAAGAUGAUCGUUUUCCAGAUGUGUGAUUGGUAUAUUUUAUAUCCAGAGUAUCCUGUUCUGUUUUAAUGUGUUCCUGGUGUAGUGCACUACACAGGGUGUGGUUUGGAACCCUGUUCCUGGUGUAGUGCACUACGCGGGGUGUGGUUUGGAACCCUGUUCCUGAUGUAGUGCACUACAUUACACGGGUGUGGUUUGGAACCCUGUUCCUGGUGUAGUGCACUACACGGGGUGUGGUUUGGAACCCUGCUCCUGGUGUAGUGCACUACACGGGGUGUGGUUUGGAACCCUGUUCCUGGUGUAGUGCACUACACGGGGUGUGGUUUGGAACCCUGUUCCUGGUGUAGUGCACUACACGGGGUGUGGUUUGGAACCCUGUUCCUGGUGUAGUGCACUACACGGGGUGUGGUUUGGAACCCUGUUCCUGGUGUAGUGCACUACACGGGGUGUGGUUUGGAACCCUGUUCCUGAUGUAGUGCACUACAUUACAC